GCCUAAUCAACGUCUAGUGGUAAAAGGGACAGACGGAGAGACAGUACGUUACACGGCUGCUGCCUGCUAGGGAUGGACGUCCUCUUCAACUCCAUCGACGUCCGGGACCUUCUUUCCGUGCCGGACGUCGACGACGUGUCGGCGCCGCUAUCCGCACCGGAUCUCCGCCUUCUCAUCGACCGUCUCCAGCUCCGUUCUGUAGACAUCAAGUCUAAAGUCCGGCACUACAUAAUCUCCCACCACACUGAUUUCUCCGCGCUCUUCUCCCAAUGCUCCGACGUCGUUUCCAGAUCCGAGCACCUCUCGGACCAAGUCUCCGACUUGCUCCGUCUCAUCUCGGACCGGCCCGUCGAUGUUACUACCAAAGCCGUGAUCGACGAAAUCGUUGCCAAGCGAAGGGAGAUGAGGGAGAAGAGGGAUCUUCUCGAGUUUCUGGGGGUAGUUUUGGAAUUGAGUGGGAAAUUGGAGCUUGUGAAAGAGGAAUUGAAGGCCGGGGAUGUGGAAAACGCAGCGGCAGCUCUGAGGGACUUGAAGGCGGCGCUGCUAGUGAGCGAGAAUGACGUGCCGACGGAGAAGCCACCGCCUCUAGUGUAUGAUCUAUUAAAAAACCAGUGGACUGAAUGCUUCGAAGAGAUACAAGAGCUUCUUUUGAAAUGUAUAGAAGAUGCUGUGCGGUUUGAGCAUGAAGGCCAUACGGUUCGUGUCAAGCAUCACACAAGCAUCCAUGAGAUUGAGCUCCCAACAAUUUUAAAAGCUAUGGAAGUCAUCGGCAUAAUGGAUUAUGGACUAGCAAAAAUAGCAGAUUCAAUGAUUAAAACUAUUGUUACUCCUGUGGUAGUUGAUUGGUCAACUACUACUUUCCAUGUGGAAGAAAUAACUAAGGAAUCAGGGCAUUGUGCUGAUUCAGUUUUGAGGAUAGUCUCUUCAACUGAUCACAAGAUUGACUGUUCAAGUGGUGAAGCCAUGUAUUCAACUCUGAGUCAAAUUGUUAAAUUUAUCAAUGAAUCACUGUGCUUCCAAAAUGAUGCUUGGAUGCACUGUUUCGGAAGACUGACAUGGCCAAGGAUGUCUGAAUUGAUCGUUUCAAAAUUUUUGUCAAAGCUUGUGCCUGAUGAUGCUUCCAAACUUGCGGACUUUCAAAAACUUGUAAAACAUACAUCUGAGUUUGAGACAAUCCUGAAGGAUUUGAAAUUCAUCUCAUCUGAUAGCAAGGAUGAAAGGUUGAGCAGAUUUGCUGAUAAUGUUGAAGUUCAUUUUGCUUCAAGGAAGAAAGUCGAGAUUUUGACAAAGGCUAGAAAUGUGCUUCUACAAUCGGAUUUCCGUUUUCGUGAACAGGACAAUGUGAAGGAAACUCAAGUCAAGGAUGAAGAAAAUGGCAACACUACCUGUGAUCAUGUUGUUGAUUUACUUUUUUCAUCUGAGAAAUGUAUGGUAUCCAAAGCAGCAUUGCAACUAAUGAAGUUAGUGCAUCAAACCCUCAAGGAUGUUUGCUUGUCAUCUCCAAGAGUGGGAGUUGAGUUUUAUCAAGCUGCUCGGGAUUGUCUGCUUCUUUAUGAAGCUGUUUUACCGGUUAAGUUGGAAAAGCAGCUUGAUUCCAUCAACCAUGCAGCUGUUCUUAUCCACAAUGACUGUCUUUAUCUCUCUCAAGAGAUUCUUGGGCUUGCGUUUGAGUAUCGCUCAAACUUUCCCAGUUUCAUCAAGGAGCUUGCGGUGUUUGUGGAUUUGGCCCCAAGAUUUCAGAUGAUGGCAGAAGAAGUAUUGCAGAGACAAAUUCAACUUGUCAUUGUUAACCUAAAACAGGCCAUUGAUGGCGCUGAUGGAUUUCAAAAUACCCACCUGGUUAAGCAAUAUGAAUCUGCUAAGCUGAGUAUUGACCAGGUUGUCUUCAUACUUGAGAAAGUACACAUUGUUUGGAAGUCUUUAAUGCUACCUUCCACAUACAAGAGAAGUAUGAGCAUGUUUCUCGAGGAAAUUUUUUCUAGAAUAGCAAAGGACAUACUCCUUUUAGAUGAUAUGGCUGCUGAAGAAACUUUGCAGCUUCAGAGUUUGAUUCACUUGCUAUUUGAAAAUCUACAACCAUUCCUGGAAUUCCUUCUGGAUCUCAUUCAGAGAGAAAAGUUGCGGGAAUACCCCAUACAAACUAUUGACGAUCUCAUACCAUCCCUCCGGAAGUUAAGGAAGCUAGCAGAUCUUUUGGACAUGCCAUUGAAGUCCAUCACCGAAUCCUGGGAAAACGGUGAACUUGUCAUUUGCGGUUUUGCAUCAUCUGAGGUACAAGACUUCAUCAGAGCCAUAUUUACGCAGUCAACCUUGAGAAAAGAAUGCUUACACAGAAUAGAGAGUACCGCGUUUGGCUAAUAUCAAAAUUUCCAGGAAUUGCAAGUUUUCAUGGAGUUGUAUAAUUAGGUUAAAUUUUGUAUUUGAGAUACUCAAGUUCAGCAAAUCAUAUAUCACUAAACCCCUUUUUAUCUCAAUUGUUUUUACUCUACUCUAAAGCAACAGUUAGGUGUGUUUGGUUGGCACAUCAGAAUCGAUAACAAAUAUUUGGUAA